AUGUCGAAUUGGACAAAGCUCGAAAGUAAUGCCCUGGAUAUUACGGGAAAUAAUUAUAUGACCUGGGCAGGAGGUGCAAAGAUGCACCUGAGAGGAAACGGGCUUUUGGAAACCAUUGAUAGUUCAAAAACGGUGUCUGAUGAGAAAAAGCAACAGUACCGGGUGAAUGGAUAUACCUGUUACUCGGAGUUGAUGCAAGUCCUCCUUGUCGCGGAGCAGAAUAAUCAACUCGUGACUUUAAACCAUCAAGCUCAUCCCACUGGUUCUGCUCCAUUCCCAGAAGCAAUUGUUGCAUCAUCCAGUUAUGAUAAUAGGAGAGGACGAGGUCGUGGACGUGGUGGAAACCGUUAUCAUGGUCGUGGAAGAGGACGAGGAAGAAGAUUCCGUCCCUAUGAUGAAAGAGAUAACAAGAACUUCCACGAAAAUGAAAGGAAUGAAAAGGGCCAGGAUGAUAAAAGGCAAACGGGAAAGGUUUGCUACAGAUGCGGCAUGAAAGGUCAUUGGGUACGUAGUUGUCGUACACCAAAACAUUUAGCCGAUCUGUAUAGAGAAUCCCAAAAGGGAAAAGAGAAAGGAAGAGGUGAAACUAACUUCAUCUCUGAUGAACCUGGGCCAUCCUUUCAUGGUUUAAACGAUGAUACUCAUCUCGACGUAUCAGACUUUCUGGUUGAGCCAGAGAGUAUCGAUGAGUGA